AUGCAGCUCGGCCAGAACAAAAAGGUACACUGGGCCCUGAACCUAGAGGAAAUUUCGUAUUUUACUCCACACGCCGAAAGCAAGAAUACCCAGUCGUUGAUGAAGAAACUGAAGAUAAAGGCCCGCAAUUUAAAGAACAAUACACUUAGUACGCUUUGCGACUGCGAACUCGCACAUAAACUACAAGAAAGAUUUGCUCGCAUCGGGGAGAGGUUUCCGCGAUUUAACUGCGAUAAUGAAAUACAUGAAAUACAAGCAGAAGAUGUCGACUUUAACAAGUAUUGGGAUGAGCUAUUCGAACUUUAUGGG